CAUGGCAAGAAGUGGGGAUAUACGAGGUAAAUGAAAUGAAAGGAUUGGCUUACAGUUUCUGAACGUUACGUCGAAAUAUCAUAGUGGCCAGUAGGUGUAGUUUCGGCUUUCGUUACAAAGUGUCAACAAAUAUCUCGCCGCGAAGUCGGUACGUUGGCACGUAAAACUUUAUCUCGUGAAAGUGAGGUGUUGUGAAAUAAUAAAAUGGUUAUUGUUCAUUGACUUUUGCUUCUAUAUGUGAAAAGUGGACACACUCUGUUUAAUUAAAUCUGCCGAUAGCUAACAAUGACAAUGGACAAGCAGUUGAUAUGGGUGAGGGAUCCCAACGAGGGUUUCAUCCUGGCUCGCCUCCACGAGCUGAUGGGUGAAGAGGCGGAUGUCCUUCCCAUCGACAACAAACACACGCGCCGCCUCGUCAACUUCGAUGACAUACUGCCAGCUGGAGAUCCGGCUGUAGACGUCGAUGAUAACUGCGAACUAAUGUUCCUGAACGAGGCUACGCUUCUUAAUAACAUACUCGUCAGAUACAAUAAGAAAAAGAUAUACACGUACGUAGCAAAUAUUCUGCUAGCAGUGAAUCCGUACGAAGAUAUCCCGGAUAUGUAUUCUUCGUCUACCAUCAAGAAGUAUCAAGGGAGAUCGCUCGGUGAACUGCCGCCUCACGUCUUCGCUAUAGCUGACAAAGCCUUCCGUGAUAUGAAAGCGUUGAAGCAAUCUCAGUCCAUCAUAGUGUCGGGAGAAUCAGGCGCCGGGAAAACGGAAUCAACGAAAUACAUACUGAAAUAUCUCUGUGAUUUGUGGGCGAAGGGCGCUGGGCCAGUUGAACAGAAAAUAUUGGACGCCAAUCCGAUCCUUGAAGCGUUCGGUAACGCUAAAACAACACGCAACAACAACAGUUCCCGUUUCGGUAAAUUCAUGGAGGUGCAUUUCUCCAACAAAUACCAAGUGGUGGGUGGUCACAUAUCGCAUUAUUUGUUGGAGAAAUCAAGGAUAUGCACCCAAAGCGCCGAAGAGAGGAACUAUCACGUGUUCUACUUACUGUGCGCUGGAGCCCCACAGGAGCUACGGUCCGCCUUGAAAAUAACCAAGCCCGAUGAUUAUUUAUAUCUGAAGAACGGUUGCACUCAAUACUUCACGUCGCCGCAAUCUGAGAAGAAAAUAAAUGCAAGUCAAAAGAGCAAGCAACAACAAGCCAAAGGUGGUCUCCGAGACCCCAUACUGGAUGACGUGGAAGAUUUCCAAAGACUCUACCAGGCCCUAUCCCACAUAGGUUUAUCAGAGUCCGAAAAGAAAUCGGUGUUUUCUAUAGUGGGGGCCGUAUUACAUCUCGGCAAUAUAGAGUUUGAGGAGGAGGGUGGUGCUAGAGGUGGUUGUAGAGUCACACCAGAAUCUGAACACGCUCUAGCUACAGCCAGCGAACUAUUGGGUGUGGAUGCCGGGGAACUGAGAAUGGCUCUGGUCUCUAGACUUAUGCAGAGCUCUAGAGGAGGAAUCAAAGGAACCGCUAUCAUGGUGCCCCUCAAGACGUAUGAGGCUUGUAACGCUCGCGACGCCCUGGCUAAGGCUGUGUACAGUCGGUUGUUUGACUCCAUAGUGAGGAGGAUCAAUGACAGUAUACCCUCCAGCACUUCCGCUUACUAUAUAGGAGUGUUGGACAUAGCCGGAUUCGAAUACUUCCAAAUGAACAGUUUCGAACAGUUUUGCAUAAACUACUGCAAUGAGAAGCUGCAACAGUUCUUUAACGAACGAAUCCUCAAGAACGAACAAGAAUUAUACAAGAGAGAGGGCUUGAACGUACCUGAGAUAAGAUUCGUCGACAAUCAGGAUUGUAUUGAUCUAAUAGAAAGCAAAAACCACGGUAUCUUCCACUAUCUGGACGAAGAGUCCAAAUUGCCGAAACCAGAUUUCGGUCAUUUCACCAACUCAGUCCACAAGGAACUCGGCAAUCAGUCCAAUUCCCGCCUGAACGCCCCCCGCGCGUCCCGCCUGAAGGCUCACCGAGCUCUUCGCGAACACGAAGGAUUCCUUUUACGACACUUCGCUGGAGCGGUUUGCUAUAACACGAGUCAGUUCAUAGAAAAAAACAACGACGCCCUUCACGCCUCGCUGGAGUUCCUGGUGCAGGAAUCUAAGAACACAUUCGUACAACAACUGUUUGAAAAUACAGACAACAGCAACGCUAAAGGGAAACUCAACUUUAUAUCCGUGGGCGCUAAGUUCCAAUCUCAACUGUCACAACUUAUGGAGAAAUUGAAAGAAAACGGCACUAACUUCGUCCGCUGCAUCAAACCGAACUCGCGUAUGGAGGGUGGCUCGUGUUCUGGCUCGUUAGUGCUGACACAACUUCAGUGCAGUGGAACUAUCGCCGUUCUAUCGCUCAUGGAACAUGGUUUUCCAUCCCGGGCUCCAUUCGCAGACUUACACCGCCUCUAUUCUGACUACCUACCGCCGAAACUGGCAGGACUACAGCCCAAAAUAUUCUGCCAGGCAAUAGUCCACAGCUUCGGUCUAUCAGACAAAGACUACAAGUUCGGUAUAACGCGCGUGUUCUUCAGACCCGGCAAGUAUUCGGAGUUCGAUACUAUGAUGAAGUCGGAUCCUGAGAACCUCAAGGCUAUAGUCGACUCGGUGCUGGCCUGGCUCGUCAAGUCGAGAUGGAGACGUUCCAUAUUCUCUGUGCUCUCCAUUAUUAAAUUGAAGAACAAAAUCCUUCAUCGCCGCAAGUGUCUGCUGAUUGUACAAAAGACGAUCCGCGGUUAUCUGACUCGUAAGCAACACAUGCCGCGUUACAAGGGGAUCGCUAAGAUCAGGCUGCUAGAGAAGAACCUCGUACAGAUGGACACUGUGACGUCACAACUGAAGAAGGAAAGAGACAGCGCUAAGAAGAAUAUUGAAAACCUGAGAAAUAGUAUCAAAAACGCCUGUCAUACCAUCAAGAGUAACGAGAGGAUAACCCGCCAUGAAAUCGACCAAAUAUACACGAAGCUCACUAAAGACGUGGAAGCCCAAAUGGCGGCCUUGCAGAAGGCGAUGGUCGAUCAGAAGAACAGAGAGGAACAAGAGCGCCUCCGCAAACUGGAGGCCGAGAUGCGAGCGGCCGAGGAAGCGAAACGAAGGGAACAAGAAAUGCUACGGCAAGAAGAGGAACACAGACGACUGAAAGCGGAGAUGGAGUCGAGGCGGAAGACGGAGGAAGCGGAGAGGAAGAGGCAGGAGGAAGCUGACCGGGCGGCCGCGGACAGGCUGAGGAGGCAGCUAGAGGAGGAAGACCGCGCCGACCAGGAGAAUAGAGAGAGGUUGGAACAAGAGCGGCGCGAUCAUGAAAUGGCCGUGCGGCUCGCCAACGAAACGGACGGCCACGUGGAGGGCUCGCCGCCACAGCUACGCAGUUUCCCAACACUGGACUCGAUGAACGGAGAGAAUAAAUUGAACAGGUCGGAACGUGUUCGUAUGCAACAAGCUCUCCAAGAAAAGCAGAAAUACGACCUCUCCAAGUGGAAAUAUUCCGAGCUGAGAGACACGAUCAACACCUCGUGUGACAUAGAACUGCUUGAGGCAUGUCGUCAUGAGUUCCAUCGCCGUCUGAAGGUGUAUCACGCUUGGAAGGCAAAGAACGCUCGCAAGUCGACCUUGGAACAGGAACGAGCUCCGCAGUCCAUCAUGGACGCCGCCAAGGCUCCCCGAGUCACCACGGGCGCCAUAUUGGGUGCACGUCAUCGUUACUUCCGCAUCCCGUUCGCUCGUCCCGGCAGUGACGAAGCCCGCGGCUGGUGGUACGCCCACUUCGACGGGCAGUACGUGGCUCGUCAGAUGGAGCUACACCCGGAUAAGACGCCGGUACUACUCCAGGCUGGGUUGGAUGACAUGCAGAUGUGUGAACUCAGCUUAGACGAGACAGGACUCACGAGGAAACGCGGAGCCGAAAUAUUGGAGCACGAGUUCGAGCGAGAAUGGGCCAAGAACCGCGGACCGCCCUACAAACCAGCUCGUUAAUACGCAGAUACAAGCACGAAACUACUACAAAGAAUUUUGUGUUUUAUAUAAUAAUAUAGUAGAAUUAAGGCUAUAUGAAAUUUAGUGCUUUCAGAUGUGCCUUCACAGGUUUUGUAGUUGUAUAAUAUAGUGCAAUAUGUAUUCAAGGGAUAUUCCACCGUAGAUUUAUAUGUGAUUGAAGAACACAAUUUAGUAUUAAUUACACGUAGUUAUGGUAAGGAAAGUGGACUUGAAAAUAAUAUAUACGCUUCAUUAAAGAGAACUUUUUAAUAUAUUUGUGAUAGAGACAUUCCGGUUUAUAGAAAUUUUCAUACUUGACAUACAUUGAAUAUUGCCAUAUCAAAAAAUAUGUCGGACCACUUUCCAGGCCUACAUGAAUUUAUAUUUAUAAAAAUGAAAUAAAUAUUUGGAGUAUACAUACUUAAACGACGUUUAAAAAUUAUAAUAUUUUUACAUAACUACUUAUUCAUUAUAUACCUUAGCAUAAUUAGCGAAAAAAUCUUAACUGUGAUUAGUUUUGGAAUGUAAAGAUGAAAAUUAUUAUUGCAAAGAUUAUUUAUAUUGGCAUUCCAUGUGCGACGGAGAGACUGGUUGAUGGCAGUUGUUGUAUUUAGAAUUCAGUAUUCACUUCAAGUUUAUUCCGAACAGUAUUUGAACAUUCCUAUAUAAUAUUUUUAUUAAAUAUUUAGUGUUAAUAAGAAAACAUUGUUUUAAAGUACAAUUUAUUGAGUACAGAGUAAUCACGAGUGCCUUUAUCAUGCCUUAGUACAUGACUUUGUGUUAUGCUUUACCAAAUAAAUAUAAGAUGUAUAA